AUGGCGGCGCAAACCAGCAGCACCGCCAUGGCGCUGCAUCCGCCUCCGGACAUCACCUCGGACGACGAAGCCAAGACGGCCGCCGAGCGCUCCACGUACACGGACCCGGAUGACGUCCAGGCGGUGCUGCAGCCGGCCAUGAGCCGUGCCGCCAGCCACCUCACCUCGGUGCACACGCCUGCCGUCGAAAAGGCCGCCGCCAUGGAGCGCAUGGCGGGCUUCUUUGACGGCGGCUCCGGCGUCGCCAACAUUGCUGAAGACUCGCAUGACGAUGACGAUGUCGCGAUGCCAACGAGGCCAUCCACGCGGAAAGCGACGGACCACACGAUGCAGCCCUCGCUACCCAUACCGAAGCCCUUCAACUCACAGGACGUGUAUAAGGCGACGCGGACGCAACAGACCAAAGGCGUCUUAGGUGCGGCGCUCGGGCCGACACGCCACCAACGAUCCGGGUCCGCCGGCCAGGAGGCGCUCAAGCGCUUCCGGGGGGCCCUGCCUUCCUUUGGCUCUCCCUCCAGCUUCUUGCCGUCUCUACCGACCAAGUACUUUAACAACCUCGCCGACUCCAUCCCCAGCAUCAGCGGACACACAAAAAAUGCCAAAUCCGAAACGGCAGCUCCGAACGCUAAACCACCCGCUGUGAAGCGGCUGCACGCGCAGGCUACCAUGCCCAUCAUGCCGGCACGCGAUAGCUCCAACUCGCCGCGCCUGGGAUCGUCGGGCUCGCUCCGGCGCACCACGUCCGACGAGAGCAUCCUUUACCACACUCUCUCGCGGCAGUCGUCGCUUGGUGACGACGACCGCUUCCAGGACGUCCGUGAAAUGGUCAACAUGCGGCUGCUCGCCCUGAAAGACAGCUUUCCCGAUGUGCCCAACUUCAAAAUGCCCGACGUGCCCAACUUUAAGAUGCCGUCGCUGGCCCGGCUGCAGGCCACCGCGCGCCGCUCGCAAAUCUCCCUCAACGGCAUCUUCUCCUCCAGCGACGCUGCCGCCGACACGCCGCAGCAGCCGCGCGACGUCGUCGCCCCAGAGUCGAGCCCCGAGCGGGAGACCAAGCUGCAGCAUCCCAAGGACGACUUUGACGACAUGCUCAAGGACCUGACCGGCGACGUCGUUAUCCUGGGCGGGUACCGCGGCUCCGUGCUGCGCUCCGCCGAGCCGCCGCACCACCAGCUCUGGGCACCCGUCAAGCUCGGCCUCAACCUGCGCAAGGCCGACCUCGAAGUCGGCCUGACCGACGCUGACGAAGAGUCUAUGCCCGAGCGCAUCAUCCCCUCGGGCAUGCUCAAAAACAUUGGUCCCAUUGACAUCUCCCGGAAACUGUUUCGCAAACUCCAAUCCUCGGCCAAUGCACAGUCCGGCCGUCUCCGGGUCUGGGACUUUGGUUACGAUUGGCGCCUCAGCCCGCGACGCCUUUCCCGGCACCUACAAGAUUUUCUCGCCACGCUGCCGUCCAACCAGCCCACCGGCGGGAACACCUCGGCGUCGUCCCGAGGCGCCAUUGUCAUUGCCCAUAGCCUUGGGGGGCUAAUCACGCGGCACGCCGUCAACCAACGGCCAGAGCUGUUUGCGGGCGUGCUGUACGCUGGCGUCCCGCAUCAGUGCAUGAACAUUCUCGGCCCGCUGCGCAACGGGGAUGCCGUGCUCUUCAACGAGAAGCUGCUGACGGCGCGCGUCAACUUUUCCAUCCGCACCAGCUUUACGCUCCUCCCCGAGGACUCGUUUUGCUUCGUUGAUAAGCAUACGGGCGAGGCUUACCCUGUCGAUUUCUUGGAUCCCAUGAGCUGGGUGCGCCAUCGGUUGAGUCCGUGCCUCGAGGCGCCGCUGCCCGCAGCAGCGGCGGCGGUCGCCAAAUCGUCGUCGCCGGCCACUGGCUCCCUAGCCUCGUUCCUGCCGCACUCCUUCCUCCGUCCCCGCAGCGACAGCAAAGAAAACGAGCCGGACCCCGUUGUGCCGUCCAUGACGACGGGCGCAUCCCCACCCGUGGUUGCCGCGGCGUCCGACUCUGGUGGUCCGUCCUCGGACAUGACGGAAGAGGCCUGGCUGGCGUCGGUCGACGAUGAGCGCCGCCACCUUUACGCGUACCUGAAGCGGACACUUGCCGACACGCGGACGUUCCGCGCCGAGCUGAGGCACUCGGCGCGGCACCAGGCGGCCAAUGCGUACCCGCCGCUGGCCGUGUUGUACGGCAAGGCGAUCCCGACGGUUUGCGCGGCCGGCGUCGACGGCCGCGCGGGCAUCUCCCGCGUCGACGCCUACGACGACCUGGCCUUUGGCUCUGGCGACGGUGUCACGCUCGCGCGUGAGGCCAUGCUACCCGAGGGCUACGCGCUCGUCCGCGGUGGCCGCGUCAGUACCGAGCGCGGGCACAUUACGCUGCUCGGCGACAUGCCGGCGCUGGGGAGGGCGCUGAAGGCGCUGAUACGCGGGCGUGCCAAGGGCAUAGGCCUUGGUGCGCCAGACGGGCCUUGA